AUCAGGACAAGCUCCAUGUUCCUAUCCACACCUGCAGGUGGCAGCAUUGCAGUUCUGUGCUACUUGCAGGCCGCUCAUGAAGCUGAAGAGGAAGAAGCGGAAAGGAAACGCGUUUCUCCUGCUCACCAACAGCUGCAAACUUUCCUCACAUGCUCGAGCUCUGCACGUUUCUUCAUGACGGCGCAGGUGUGCGUGUUGUACUUCGCUAAAAGCGUCGAGCUGACGGGUGUGAAGGAAGAGAAGACUGUUGCCGUGCCAACACCAAUCAGCAGCCACGACCUUUGGAAGCUGUUGGUACAGCGGCACCCAAGACUGUGUACGCUGCAGGACGGUGUUGUGUUGGCAGUGCGUCAGGAGUACGUUCCCAUCGGCGACCAGGUGCUGACUCUGGGAGACGGAGACGAAGUCGCUGUAGUGCCGCCACUCAGCGGGGGCUAGAGACUCGAGACU